AUGAGUGUUCUGUAUGAUGCCAUGCUGCGCGUGUCUGUGCCUUGGCAGGUGGGCGAGCGUGGCGAGGAGGCGCUGCGUCUGCGUGCCCAGGCGGUGGCGCUGCAGAGCGACCUGAAGGCCCAGAGCGCCCAGCUGGAGAGCGGCGACGACGCACUGAGCGCGCUCAGUCAGAGCCUGCGCCACACGCAGCAGCAGCUGACGCACAGCCGGGAGCACGCGCACGAGUGUGAGAUGGUCAUCGCCACGCUACGACACAGCGCCGCCGACCUGCGCACAGAGGUGUCCCCCGGCGGGAGGUGUGUGUCGGACGGGUUCACCUGGCCUGUGCACCUGUGUCCUCCCCCUCCUGUGUCUCCUGCUGAAGAGCAAGAGGAGGCUGUGGUGAAACUCCAGGCUGAUCUGUCGGUGUACAGAGCUACUCACACACACCCCGACACGGACUACGAUCAUCAGCUGAGCCGUGUGCAGGAUCUGGAGCAGGCCCUGGAUCAGGCGAUAGAGAAGUGUGGCCAAGCGUCUCAGGAGCUGAGUGUGUACCAGGUGGAGAGGCAGCAGCUGAGGGACGAGGGCCGUCGACUGACCCAGCUCAGAGACGACAGCAGCGCAGAGGUGCUGCGUCUGCAGGAGCAGGUUGGCCAGCUGAGAGAGGAGGUGCAGAGUGGGGAGCGCAGGAGGCAGGAGGAGGUGAGUGUGCUCCAGCAGAGAGCGGUCAGACUGGAGGAGCAGCUGCAGGCCGCACAGAAGGAGUGCGCUCACAAAGACCAGUCGGUGAAGAGGCGCGAGGCCCUGCUCCGUCAGUCGGAGUGCGACCUGCGCGAGGCGGGCGAUCGUCUGCGGGGCAAGACCCAGGAGGCGGAGCUUCAGGCGGCCGGCGCCCAGGGCCUGGAGGCGGAGCUGCAGAGGGCGCGGCGCGAGCGCCGGCAGCGGGAGAGCGAGUGCGCCACGCUCAGGGCCGAGCUGCUGCAGCUCCGAGACGAGCUCAAGCAGAGCCACGCCGGCAGCAGGGACGUCGCCCAGGAGCUGGCGCGUGAGCAGGAGCGGGCGGUGCUGCUGGAGGGGGGGCAGCGGCGGGCCCAGGAGCAGCUGGGGGAGCGGGUGGCCGAGCUGGUGCGGGCCGAGCAGCUCCAGCGCAGGCAGCAGGCCGACACCAGGAGACUCCAGGAGCGGCUGGACAACACCGAGGCCCAGCUCCUCUCCACCAGGAGCCAGGUGGAGCGUCUGGAGGAGGAGGUGGCCGAGGGCAGGCAGGCCCUGCUGGAUGCGCAGCAGGAGGGGGUGAAGCAGCGCGAAGAGGCCCUCAGGCUGGAGGUGGAGCUGGACCGCAGCACAGCGGCACAGGACAGCCUGCAGCUCCAGCUGAAGGAGCAGGGCGAUGCGUGCGGUGCCCUGCGGGCAGAGCUGGCCCAGGAGCAGGCGCGGCAGCAGGAGCAGCUGAGCUGGGCACGGGGCAGCCGCAACAGAGAGGCCGCUCUGGAGGCCGACAGGGACCAGCUGAGGACCAGGCUCAAGUCUGCCAAGAGCCUGCUGAAGGAACAGGAGCAGCUGAUUGGGCAACUGAAGAAGGAACAGACGCAGCUACACAAGCUCCAAAAGGAGCUGGAGAGCAAGGAGACAGACGCCAAGCGCAGAGCGGAAGAGGCGUCCUUGCUGCAGGCCUCGGUGAGCCAGCUGAGGCAGGAGCUGGAGCAUGAACGGGCCAGCGGGCGCCAGGAGGAGGAGGAGGAGGAGGAGUGCGCCACCCAGAGCCGACUCCAGGAGCUGCAGCUCCAGCUGGCCUCCGCGCAGGCCUCCCACAGAGAGAGCAUGGCGCUGCUGGCGGAGCGCAGUGGUGAGCUGGCGUGUGUGCGUGGCGAGCUGUGUCGGCUGCAGCAGCGCGUGUCCCAGCAGGUGGAGGAGCAGCACAGACAGCAGGCCACCGAGCUGCAGCGCAGACGCAGCCAGAGCCAGCUCAGCCAGGAGCAGGUGCACAUGUAUGAGGGGCGUGUGGCGGAGCUGAGUGCCCAGCUGGAGCGGGUGCAGCAGUGGGGGCAGCAGCAGCUGGCAGCGCUGCAGGAGCGGGAGGAGGAGCUGGUGGCGCUGAAGGUGGAGGUGGCCUCCGUCAGGGAGAAGCACCACACCACCCUGGCACAGGUGGAGGCAUUACGCUCUCAAAUGGAGUCCACAGAGCAGAAGUACUUGACUGCUGUAUGUGAGGUGGAGGCGCUGCGCCAGUCUCUGGGAGAUGCCCGCUCCGACAGCACCCGCCUGCACCACCAGAGCCAGCUGGUGGUCACCAACAUCAACCAGUGGGUGGAGGAGCAGAAGCAAGCCAAUGAGAAGAUGUCCCAGAAGAUCAAAGAUCAGAGCAAAACAAUCAUCCAUCUGACAGCAGAGAAAGAUCACCUGCAGGAGACUGUUGAGAACCUUCAUCAGGAGAUCAGAAGACUGCAAACAGAAGUGGAUGAGAGGAGGAUGGAGAUGCACAGGCUCAAUGCCAAACACGAGGGUGUGGAUGAACUCUCCAGUGCAUUGGGAGCACAUCCACCUCCACUGCAUACAGCAGAGCCCGCUGUCCAGACGUGGAGAGGGCUGGCCAGCAGUCGCAGGGAGCAGACCAGGAAGCAGAAAGCCCUCGCCGUCAACCUGACCCGCAGCUAAUGGCUAACGCCCACCGCCCUGUGCCCUCUGUGCGCGGGCACACCUUCGCCGUGGCGGUGGAGCGCCGAAUGGCGCGGAGGGCGUUGGAGAGGAGGCCGCUGCUGAGACUGCCCCGUGGGGGCCAGGGGCACCUCUGGAGAUACUACAGACUCUCAGGCUGCUGAGGGAACGGACAUCCACUCACUACUCACUCAGGCAGACUAGCCAUGUGCCAAUAUCAACUAAGACAAGUGCUAAGACUGGGGGAAUAAACCGCCUAUAAAUUAUAUUUAUACCAGAUGGGUAGUUACGC